AUGAGCACAACACCAGAUCGCCCCGACGCAACCAAGACGGGGAAUCGCGACGCCAGAGCAGUUGCGCCGGGUAAUAGCGGCACUCCUCAGCAUUUCAUCAAGGUUCCAAACGUCGUCACUUCUCCUCCGCACAUCGGAGGGCAAUGGGGCAAGCUUGAGCGGCUAGCCGCGAGACGAAGUGAUGUCGGAAACGGUCCCCCCGCAUUCUCCAACCUCCAAAGUGGUGCCUUUCUACACGUGUGGGUGACUCACGGCCCGCUCGCAUCUCGAACUACUGGAUCUAGGUCCCGCGCGGGCAAUGUAGCAGGUACUUACUUGAGUGGUCACGGCCCAAUGUACCUCCUCUUGUGA